AUGAAUCGUUGUCGUCCAUCAAUAACGACGACAAACACGCACAAUGAAACAUUGAAAAACAGCGAUGACGACGACAACGACAACUAUGUUACGAUUGUCCGAAUGUCCCUUCGGAAUCAACCAGAAAUCCGACUAGAUAAAGCGAUAAACAACAAAAUCCUGAUGCUCAGUGAAGGAAUAGAUGGCGACGACGACUAUGACGACUACAACUGCAACGGUUACGACGCUGAUGAUGAUGACGAUGGUGUUGAUGAUGAUGAUGACUACAACGACAUUGAUGAAAUGCCCGGAACACGAAUGUCUGACGGACAGUCAGCCGCAUAUCGUCUCUUUUGCAUGAAUGCAAAAGUGCACGAAGAGCUCACAGCAAUGCGAAACAUAGGUAUUGAUCGAGACAUCGAUUAUAUUCAUCUUAGGUGGUGGAAGUGGAAGUGGGAUAAUGGCGAGGAUGAUGAUGAUGCUGGUGAUAAUGAUGAUGAUGAUGAUGAUGAUGAUGAUGAUGAUGAUGAUGAUGAUGAUGAUGAUGAUGAGGAUGAUGACGAUGAUGAUGGCUGGCCGACCGAGGGAACAGGAAAUGGAGUUGUCGGUGGAACGACGGAAGUGCUGUGCGAUGUGGUUCGACGAACUACUGGACUUAUGAUUCCGAAGAUACCUCUAACGGUAAAACCAUUUGCAUAUAUUGGCGAACCAACCUGUGGUGGUGACUGUGGAGGUGAUAAUGAUGAUGACGAUGAUGACGAUAGUGAUGGUCUCUGUGGUGAAGACGGCGGUGGUGGAGAUGUUGAUGGAGGUGGUGGUGGCAUUGGUGGUGACAACGACAACGACAACGACGACGAUGACGAUGAGGGCGAUGAAGACAACGACGAGGAUGACGAUGACGAUGACGACAAUGAAGACAACUAUGACGACGAUGACAACGACAACGACAAGCACACACACACAUAUAACCGACAUGAACUGGAAUUAGUUACAAUAGGACAGUAAGACUUCCAGAAUCGACCACAGGGAAGAAGUGAUUUGGCUGAUGAUAGCGACGGUGAUGGAGACGGUGUUGAUGACGAUGUGAUAGUAGUUGGUGUCAGUUGUGUUGAUGAUGUUGGUCAUGUUGGCAAUUCAAUGGCUAGGCAGAGAACAAAAUUACUCGCCUCCCUCUCUUCUCCGAAGACUGAAGAACAAUCGAUUUUGCCAGCCAGCAUGUGA